AUGUUCGGAGGCUCGCGUCGGCGCGCAAGGUCCGCUCAGCCCCUUACCAGGGAAACGGCACACGCGAAUGCAGCGACCGCGGCAGCAUCUGCCUUUAUGCGAAGAGAUGCUCAGAAUGCAUCGCUCUCUUCCGCAGCCGCUGCGGCGGCUCUGAAAGCCCGACCGAUGAGUCCAACAAUAGUAGGCGAUGUACAGUCCAAACGGGUGCUUCGACGCACACCCUCUGUAUCUUCAGCUACUGGUCUCGAAGGGAACAGAAGACGUGAACUUGCUAGGUCACCUAGCGUUGGUUCUAUGACUGAACGCACGUUUCGCUCGCCGUCACCUGGUAGAAGUCCAAUCCCAACUUUACGCGAUAUGCCUCCCAUUCCUAGCCUACCAUUGAACGAGGGAGCAACCGGCCGAUCACUUACCCAGGCGUUUCGGCCCGCCAGCCAACGGUCGACAGACAACCAAGCGUCAUGGUUUGGCGGUGCCGCAGCUGGCGACCCCCGCACUGUUCGCAAAGCAUCGUCCGCCAUCCAGCUUUCGUCAAGAACAUCUUUCGAACCUCGGCCUGGAAGCGUGAGCCCGUCUAUUAAUUUCUCCUACCCAAGAGUUCAGUCACCUACUGGUAGUCUUCGCUCUCAACCCGACGACCAAAGACUUGUAUAUGACCCCAAUUCGAGACGAAUGGUCGCUGCUAGUACACUGGAUAUCAAGCCGGCAAGAAAGCAGUCUAAGAAGAAAGCCGUAUCGAAUACUUUGGCCGACAGUAGCCCCGGCUUACCUGGCACAGCGGAGCAAGCUGGUCAGGCUAGGCCAAAGAAAACGAAGAAGACGCAAAAAGCCACAAAACCAACUACAGAAGCUGCCCAGAUGGAUGACAACGGGGCACAUGGCCAAGAGCCUGCCACAAUUGUGACAGAGACGCCAAGAUUGACGAAGAAACCAUCCAUUGUUAGAGAAGAGCCUGAACGAGAAGAGUGGGAGGCGGCCGAAGACCAAAAGUCGCAGCCAAAAAGUGGCAAAGUUGGCUCUGACGAGAAUACAGCGUCUCCAAAAACAAAGGCGAAGAAAGCGUCAGCAACGAAACAACAAAGAUCACCGAAGACAUCCAAGGCACCUAGGACCCCCGAAUCCAAGGUCAAGAUCAACAUACAACAACGAGCUCCGUCGGAAAGCCCCGCCCGAUCGACUCGUUUCGCUUCGUCUACAGAUCAAUUGGUUGUUAAGCAUGACCCACCUCCCAGAUCCUUGUCUCCUCGCAAAUCAGCUCUCAAACACUCCAGCCCGACAAGGGCUAUCUCACCCUCUGAUGAUGGGUCAGACGUGUCCGGAGUAGGUUUAACACCUGAGGAGUCUGCUUUGCGGAAGAAGAAUGCGAGAGUCAGUUGGAAUGAUCGUAGCACGGUUGUUGCUUCGGCAGACUCUGAACCGGAGCCGGAGGCUUUUACUGGUGUCUCUCCUUCUCCAAGCCCCCCCACAAAGAAAGUUUGGCAUAAUAUUGUACCAAAACAACUAAAAAAAGAAGCAAUAACCCUGGAUGAAGGUGAAACAAUGGCUCCCCGACCAGCUCUACCCAGUUUUGGUAGCGUUAGAGAGAAGAAGGUUAAAGAUGUUGAGGAGCGACCUCUCGUCCGCCCCGCCGUAGCUACUGGUAAGCUUUUCCAACCAGCUUUGAGUGAUUCGGUAUUAACAAUAACAGAAGCAGCGAAUGCAUUCGACACAGUCACCGAUGUUGACAGGAACUCGUUGAGUUCUGGCGAUAGCCUCUUAGAUGAUACAUCUGAUGAGAUGGAUGACUCAAUGACUGAAGUAGGCACUGAAGUUAGCGCCAAGGGGUCUAAAGCCAAUAUCAUCAAACAAGGACCCGAAGAGGAUGCCAUUCCCACAAUAUCCAUUUCGCAAGCCAGUCCCCAACCUAAUGGUCAGGGUCCUUUCUUUGGUGGCGAUACAGGGUCGAGCCAAAUCGCUGAAGCGACUAUCGAUAAUGACAAUGCCAAUGAUAGCGAUACACAGCCUGAAGACGACAUUUACGCAGAUGCGCAUGACAGUCUUGCGGAAGUAGAUGGAGACGGUUUUAUGUCACUAGACGCUGUGCUCGAGAGUCCCACCGGCUCGCCUACAGCUACAGAGUUUACGGAAUCAGCUUUGAACUCAGCAACUGAUGCGGCGUCUUCAGAACAAAACCCAGCUGAUUGGGAAAACGCUAAAGCCUACUGGAAGAGUUUAUCCCAAGAAAAGAGGCGUCAGCUUGAGCUUGAAGCCCUAGAAGAAGCGGGAGAAUCGGGUAGCACCGCUGCCGGUUCGAUCCAGAAAGCCCAACCAGUUCAGGCCUCGGACCGUACGUAUCAAAUUACACCCGGAAGCUCCUGGGAUACUAGCGACAAAAACGCCGCAGCUAUUACUGGUAAAGCAGAAAGGAAGACAGCUGGUGCUUUGCGUGCAUCUAUGCGGGAUGCUACGGCUCAGCCGAUAAGUACAACUGCACCAGAGCCAACCCCUAAGUUGACGAUGCGAAAGUCUAUGCGUAAUAGCAGACCGACAUCCUCCAGUAAUAUUGAACGACACGCCACGACAUCAGAGAGUCCAUUGUCAACUACUGCUGGAUCUAAAAUGAAGAAGAGCCUUCGACAGCGCCCCUCGACCGCUGACGAUUUUGCAAGUCGUUCGAAUGUUAACGGAGGUGCCCGACCUGCGUCUUAUCAUCCUGACUCUGCGCUAUCACAUGAGCGUAAGACGUCCAGAGAUCUGGCAUUGACACAAAACAAUAGAAAAUCAAUGGUGAGCCCUACGCUGCGUCGCCGUGGAUCCGAUUCAAGUGAGAGCAGUUUUACCCGUGCCCGUGCUGGCUCUGGAGGUACGCGAGAGUUUCGUCGGUCAAUGCGCAGUGGCGGACAGGAAACGUCUGACCCUACUACAAACCGAUUCAGCCUCAGAUCAAUGUCUCCAACUGCAUUUAAAAGCAGUUCAACUGCAGUUAACUCGUCGACAGCGGGCAUUAACUCCGGAAGAAUGCGCCAAUCGCUUCGAGGAGAGUCUGUCGAUGCCGCCUCGCGUCGGCGAGGCUUGUUUGGUAAAUCAAGCAAAGGAAAUACCAAGACAAAGCCCAGUGGUAGCCGGUUUGCAGAUUCUAGUGAUGAGGAAGAUGAGCCGACUAGUCUGUUUCGCAGUCGGUUCGCAGAUUCAAGUGACGAAGAAGAACCGGCACGUCCUCAGUCGAAGUCAAUGCAGAGGUCUCUGAGGAACAAAUCAAAGCGCGCAACAGCUAGUGCAAUUGACAUUCGAUCAACGGCGACCGGAUUUGAUUCGCCAGAUAUACCAGAAUCGAACCUCAUCACUCAACCGAAGCGAGUGUCGACCUUGGAGCAGAGCCAGAAUGUUAACUCGACUGAAACUUCAACCCCUACACGCGCUAGCCAUGUUCGUCGUGGGAGUUUCAUGUCUAUGCUUAGGCGCAAAAAGGAUGCCGCUGAACGCCACUCGAUCGAUAUUUCGGAUGCUGCGGACGCUGGUUUGGCUCGUGAAACGAGUUGGCCUCUCCCCGAUGAAAACCAGAGCAAUGGUGCCGUUGAUGUAGGAGGCAACUCAGGUUCCGACAAGGACCGGCCUUCAACAUCCAACGGCGCACCAAAGAUAGUAAAGGGCAAAUCGAAAUAUCUGCGCCGCCGCAGCGCCUCACAAGGCAUGGUUGGGUUGGAUCACACUACAUUGAACGGUGAUCCUGUUGAUCUGCCGGCUGUACCGGCUAUUCCCGACUUAGCAGAACUCUCACCACAAAAGAAGAAGAAGUUUGGCACUCUUCGCAAAAUGCUUCGGCUUCACGAUUGA